AUGUCUCAUAUAUUAUCGCACUCAGACGCCUUGGACCAGAAAGUCACCAUAGUAUUGCCAGACUUGUUUGAGAGUUUCUUGGUCAGGGACCCCAUGCUGAAUCCUGGCUAUGAUUCCGCCAGAUAUCAGUCAGAGAUAUGGUUGCAGAGCGUAAUGUCUCUCUCGCAACAAGAGUGCAAGAAAGUCAACUAUUGCGACUUUGCCUACUUUUGUGCGAUUGUUUUUCCUCAUGCAAACCAGGAGAAAUUACGGAUUCUUUGUGAUUGGAGCAACUGGGUUUUCGCCUUCGAUGACAUGUUCGAUGACGGGGAAUUGACGAAUGACCCGGAUACCUCGCAACGAAUUAUCAGCAAUUUGUUGUCUAUCAUGUUGCCCGAUAUCCAUCGAUCUUCUGAUGAGCUAGUCGUACUUGCACAUGACAGUAUUUACAAGCGGCUUGCAGCAGGCUCAUCUCCAAGUACCAUGCAGAGAUAUGUCAAGGCUACGCAACACUACUGCACUGGUGUUCUGAAACACGUAAAAGAUCACGCAGCAGACCGAACGCCUACAAUACAAGAAAUGAUUGAGACUCGGAGGAUGUCUAUAGGCGCGUUCUCGAUGUACCCCCUUGUCGAGUUCGCGUACGACCUGAACAUUCCAGACGAAGUCUUCCUUCAUCCCGCUAUACAGGCUUUGCAGAAUUUGGUUGCCGAAUUAACCAUGUUGCACAACGAUAUUUUGUCAUAUCGCAAAGAAGAGAACAUAAACUGUCCGUUCAACAUGGUCGCCGUAUGCCGAAUGAACGGGCUCUCGGCUCAAGAAGCAUUUAAUGAGAUUGCUUCGAUGGUCGAUGAACGGUACAUUGCGUGGUACGAAAAUGUCAAGGCGGUUCCCUCCUGGGGCAAGGAAGUCGAUAACGACGUCCAACAAUACAUCCAAGGCAUCCGAAAUAUUGUCCAAGCAAACCUUAGCUGGAGCUUUCGAACAGGGCGAUACUUCGGUUCCGAGGCGAAGAAGGUUCAAGAAUCCAGAGAGAUUGAUGUUCUGACACAGCCUCCGUUUCUGAGCCUGCGAGGCUCGGUCCCGACCGUAAUCAAGGCACAGCAAUCUGCCGGCCGAGACAUUCAUAUGAAUUCGGUGUCAGAGAACAUGUCUACUACUCAUGGAGUCCUCAGCACGACUGGGGAGUUGAUGUCGUUGGAAGCUUUCCAUGCUACCUCGUGGACAUUCUUCGCGCUGUGUGUCGUCUUGUUUACCGGCCGCAUCGUGAUCCGUUGGAUGUCUUCGCGGAAGCUCAUCACAGAGGACUACCUCAUGCUGUUCGUUCUAUGCCUGCAAUUUGCCGCUACAAUCAUUUGCCAGCUCCGCCUUGAAUACGUCUACAUGAUGGAAGAAGUCGGCAAUGGAUUGAGAGAACCGCCGGCGACAUUUCUCGAAGAUAUUCCGAAAGGGUUGUAUGCUCUCACCGCCGUCGAUAUCCUCGUCGCUAUUGGGCUCUGGGCUGUCAAAUUCAAUUUCCUUCUAUUUUUCUACCGUAUUUUCUGCUCUGUGGAUCGACUUUACUGGAAGUUGUGGUGGGCUGUGGUCGUUGUGACUAUCGCGUCCCUCGGUGCCUUCCUUGGCCUGAUGUCCUACCAGUGCAGUCUCGCCGAAGUGCAGGUGAUUCUGACGAAGUGCACCACGCCAUCCGCCAUCCGACUGCAAUGGAUUCAAAUCCAAACUACGUCCGGUAUUGACGCUUUCAAUGAUGUGCUGAUCAUGAUCUUCCCUCUCGCCAUAGUAUGGAGAGUCCGGCUCAACCUAAAAAAGAAGCUGUACCUCUCAGCAAUGUUCAUGCUAUCGCUAUUUACUGUUGCCAUGGCCAUAAUCCGCUGCACCAGCGGCUACGCCCGAGUUGCCAGCGACUACACCCAGUCCCAGAACAGCGCAUGGAGCUGGUUCUGGAUGGAAAUGGAGCUCUUCGUCUUCGACACGUGCCACGAUUUAGAAGGUACGACGGAGGUGUAUUCAUCCGAUCUCGAAGCUGGAGAACAGGGGUUGGUCCUUUCAGAGGAAGAGGGGAGAAGCCAAGCGGGGUCACCGCUUGAUCAUGGAAGCCCCGAGCGUCGCCGUGAGGGCAGCUAUUGGUAUUGGGCAAACGAGCAUGGCCAAGCUCACAGCUUGGAAAGAACUGCUUGGGACAGUUCCCCAGCUGAAUUCAGAGCCCCUGAACGCUCGAAUGGCACGGCCUUCGCAACGCGCAUGUCCAUGUCAGGGCUCUUGAACCGCCACCCCGAACGUCCCUGCAGCCCGCACACUUUUGUGGUUCCCAUUACAACGUACACUGCCCGUGACUUAGCAAACACUGCACGCUGCGGGGCGGCAUCAUCAGUGCUCGGCGGAUCUCAGGGUUGCAAUUUGUCUGGUACAGUGGGAUUUUGA